AUGCGUUCCUUCCUUUUCCUUGCAACGAUUGCUCCUUUGGUUAUCGCGUGCAAUAGCCCAAAAACUGAUGGUUGUGCCUCUGCUUUUACGGCCUCGUCUUCGGAUGCGGCGGCUUUCUGUGCAAGGUAUACGACAGCUCCGGUGACACAGACUACGGAUCUGCCCGCUUAUGCGAAGUAUUGUUCAAUGAAGCCGAAGAAGCUUUCGAGUGUUUGUAGCUGUCUUGUUGUGCGGACGACUUUGCAGACUGUUGCAGCGAAUUAUUCUUCCACGACAGCAGCGAAAGUUACUAGCGCUACUGGUGCAGCAGGAGGAGAUGGAACGGCUUGCACAGCCACGGAAUAUGCACAGAUCACCUCCGUCGUCAAGUCAUGUACUAACAUUGUCCUGGACAACAUCUCGGCACCAGCCAGCUCCACCAUUGAUCUCAUCGCUCUCCAGACCGGCUCAACGGUCACUUUUUCUGGAACAACCUCCUUUGACACAACUUCCAAUGAUAACUUUGAUCCUAUCGUGAUCGGCGGUACUGACAUCACCAUCACGGGCGCAGAUGGCCACGUAAUUGAUGGCAAUGGAGCAGCAUACUGGGAUGGAAAAGGCUCAAACGAUGGAGUUGCAAAGCCUGACCACUUCAUCGUCCUCAAAGACAUUACCAACGGCCAUAUCUCCAACUUGAAUGUCCAGAACUGGCCAGUCCACUGCUUCGACAUCACGGGUGCUGAUGGCUUGACAAUCACCGGUCUGACUCUCGACAACUCAGCUGGUGAUGCUUCUAACUCUGCGAGUGACGGUAAGGCAGCUGCACACAAUUCAGAUGGCUUUGACAUCUCGGGCUCCACGAAUGUGGUGUUAGCAAACACAGUGGUGAAGAACCAAGAUGACUGCGUGGCCGUCACUAGUGGAACAAACAUCACCGUGACAGGAAUGACCUGCUCUGGAGGACAUGGUUUGAGCAUUGGCUCUGUCGGCGGAAAGAGCGACAACUCAGUCUCCGGCAUCACCUUCUCAGACUCCACCAUAACCGACAGCGAAAAUGGCUGCAGAAUCAAAUCCAACGCUGGCAAGACUGGUACAAUCGAGAACAUCGUGUACCAAAAUAUCGUUCUCUCAGGUAUCACCGACUACGGCAUUGAUGUUCAGCAAAAUUAUCUGAAUGGAGGAGCAACAGGUGACCCAACGAACGGCGUCACGAUUUCGGGCGUGACGUUCAGCAAUGUGACGGGUACUGUAACUUCCUAUGGAACGAACUAUUAUGUUCUCUGUGGCAGCUCAAGUUGCAGCGAUUUCAAGUUCACGAAUGUUGCCAUCACUGGAGGGGGAACGGCCAGUACUUGCAAUUUCCCUUCGACGGGAUGCCUGUCGUAG